CAUAGAUAGCUUAAUUAGUAAAAUAGGUAAAUGUUGUGAUAUUUGACAGUAGAAACCAAUAUUGAUAAACGCGCACCAGCUCAUGCUUACUAAUGCAACGUAAUGUUAUGACGUAUCCUCGCAGAUACAAUCAGUGACAAUAACGUGUAUAACACCAAGACAGUUGCUAACAAAUGUGAAAGAAGGCUGGCAUUGAGUUUGGUAUUCCAUAUUACUCCACUAAAACGUGUAAAAGUAUAUAAUUAACGUGUAAGCUAAGAAGAAGAGUAGGUGAUAAAGAGAAACAUUGUUGGAUAUUGGACUGUGUGAAUUGUAGCGAAGUAUUUGAAAAAGCAAGGUUGCUCGAAGGUUGUCACGAACAAGAAGUUUAUCUUUUACUCACUUUGUGCAAGGAGAAGGUAAAUCACGCCUCCGUUCCGACUCGGAAAUGUUUUUACGACGACGAACAGAUCCGAACGAGUAUCAUACCCAUGAGAAUGAACAACUAAGGAAUAAAAUAGAAGAAUGGUUGUCGGAUACUAGUUCCGAGUUUGAGCGAAAAAAGGGAUUAUCUCGUAAACCUUCAAAUAAUUCGGUUGGAGAAUCACUUGGAUCUGUGUUAGACUCAGAUGAAAAUGACGAAAUUCAAAGUGAAUGUUCCAGGAGAAGCUCUCUGGAUUCACCUAAGAAGAACUCACUUUCGUGUCAGACCAAGACUUGUAAUUAUGAUUUGUUACCAGUCUACCUUCAGAAAGAAAUUGAAGCAUCAGAUUGUGUUUUAGAAGACGUGCCUUGGGAUCUUGUGAAAAGCGAUUUAUUAAUACAAGUUGAUAAUGUUUUAUUUCCCGUCGACCGUAACUUUAUUUCCUAUGUGUCGGACUGUUUCUACGACUGUGUCGAGAAUGCAAACCAGAAAGGAAGUCAUGUUUUGUUAAUGGAAGGGUACGAUGUCAAUGAAGUCAAAACUAUUCUCAAGUAUAUACAUUCCACAAAUAACGACGGAGUGUCAGAUGAAAACGUUGCCUCGCUACUCCAGUUGGGGAAAGAGUUUGGAGUCUCUAGACUAAAGUUUCAAUGUGAAAAUUACCUCCACAAGUCGACAACCUUUAAUCCCUUCAUCAUGCUUCAUUUGGCGAGGCAAUAUAAACUCGAAUGUUUACUCGAGCACUCGCUAAAAGAAAUCAGUAAAAUAGACAGUAUUGAAAGUAAACCCGAAUUUAUUGCGCUGGAUUGCGAAACACAAAACAAAAUAAUGAAGUAUAUUAUACAGAGAUACAAAAAAGCAAGUAAGACAUUGUCACAGUUUGAUGUGCAUUUAUGCAAUCACCAUAGUAACGAAGGCAAAAAUAAUGCCUGCUGUUAUAGAGCAGCCACUUAUACUACCGAAAAUGAACGCACAUUUUUAGUGCAAAUGGAAAAUCCGGAAAGUAAACUAACCCAUGUAUUCAAUAAAGCUUUUAACUGCGAAGCUAGAGAAUUACACUCAGUUGGCGAGUUAAACUAAGAUUUCGCAAGACACGUUAAUUUUGACGGAUUAAAUUUCUUAGAUGCUUACUUGUCAAACUUAGAUUAAUUAUAUUCUAGUGUGUAUAUAUGUAUAAAUGUAAAUUAGUAGCAGGAUAAAAAUGAAAAAAAAGAAAAAAGAUUCCAUAGGUAGGCAGGACGUUUCAUCUUAUCUUUGAGAUUCAUUUGAUGUUGUAUGCGGACAGGAAGAAGUCAUAGCAGUUUCCUUUAGGAAUGAGGGGCUAUCAAUAAGCCGCAAUUAUGGUACACUUCUUUGUCACUUUGUACCAAAAAAAGUCCAAAUUUUUCAAUUUCGCCGUUUUAACUGAAAAGCUGUGCUUAAGCUUACUUUAUUACAAUUAGAAGACGAAUUAAGGAUAGUUUAUUUUUUUAAAAAGAUUCUAUUAGCGAAAGUUUAAACAGGUUAACAACAACCCUACAUUGUUUCCAUAAAAAGGUACUAAUAUAUAACCAGUUUGAGCAACUUAAUAUCCAUACCUCUUUAAACAACUUUUGUUUAUUAGGGAUGUUUAUUUUUAUUAUUUCUUGUUAUUUAUUGUAACUAUUUUUUUGCAUGGCUGGUUCCCACAAUUGUUUUUUCGUAAAUUUAAUAGAUUUUUGUUGACAUUGCGUUCAUUUUUUGAAUAUUAAUUUUUGUAAGAAAAACGAGAAACAUUCUCGUCUCCAGAGUUCCUUGAGAUAAAUCUUGAAUUCAAGGUUUGGGACGAGAAUGAGAGAGAGAGAAAGUGAUUUAUUUCCUCUGUAUAUUCUCUAUUGUUGUUGCUGAUAUAUAUUAAAUGCA